UCUUUUUUUUACUCUUCAUGCAAUUAUUGCAAGUAUUUUUAUACCACUCUUUACUCGCCACUUUCUCUACUUAAGACAUUGCCUUUUCCUGCCAAACGCAUAUAUCCCCUCUGUUAGACGCAGCUUUUUACCUUGUAACCCAGCCCAGCCCAACCCAACUCAACUCGACACUAUAACCAAAUCAUAAACAUGGAUCGCCCUUCAUCAGACCAGCACGCCCGAAUCCGUGAUGCCGUCAGCAUAGCGCUGGCAACCAAGCCUCUGGCCGCCGCGCAAGACGCAUUUAUCAAGUUUCCCAGCGCCACAGAUGACACCAGCGACCAGCUGCAGUCGACAAUGAGAAGGUUCCGCAGUCUGAGCGUGAACACCAGGGAACGCGCCGCGUGGUCUGAGGACACUGUCAAGCGCAAGUAUCCCAUGGACAAGACCGUCGAGCUGUACCAGUUCUCGUCUGUUUUUGAGACCGCCGAUCUCAACCAGAUACUUGAGCCAUACCAGCAUCACCGCUGUGAGCGCGGCGGGUAUCGCUUGAAAUGGCUGGACGAGGCUCGUGCCUUGGCCGUUUUCCGCCGUGCGGAGACUGUUUUGUUUAAAUUUGCAAUUUUUCCUAUUAGCCCAGCGCGUGAUCGAGGAUCUGAGCGCCAGCCAGCUGGUCAGGGUCAAGAACUAUUCAUUCAGCAUUUCGGAUUUGGCCGACUUCAACAAAAAGUACGGCGAGCAGCCCCCCAGCCCGCCGGCGGUCAUUUCGACCGCCACCACGGCCGCGCCCUCGCAGACAAGCUCGCCACAUCCUGGAUUCGAUGUCGACCACAUCCGCUACAAGUACCGCCCCGAAGUUACUAUCGAGCUGCAUGACUUCCCCUGUCCCCUGGAGACAGCUGACCUGCAGGGGCUGUUUGCAGGAUACAAGCGCGACAACAACAUCUGUCGCAUACGCUGGUUUAACCGGAACCGCGCGCUGGCAUGGUUUA